ACCUAACCAACUGCCCUCCCGUGCCUCCUAACCUAGAUCAUAGGUAGCCUUUGUGACUUUAGGUAUCGACUGAGCCACCAUCCAAGAAACCGUCUUUUCUGCCCCGUGAUUAAUCUACCAACAUCUUUCAAACCUGAGAGCCGCAGGUAACCCUCUUCAUCAUCCCACACUUCCCUCUCAACGUUCAGCAUCUUCUUUAAGUAUCUCCGUCCUCAUCCUCACCUGCAUAAAACAUCACCGUAUAGUGAUAUCCCCUCGAUCCCUUAGCCGCCGAUUUCAUCUUCCACUCCGCCUACUACGUCCAAACUACCCACACCCUCAAAGAAGUCCAACCCAGGACAGUGUAACGACAGACGUCAGACACACAUCUGAGUCUCUGUAAAUCGACUAUCUGUGACUUUGGUCUUGGUCGCCUGCAUAUUUGCCUGCGCAAUCCAAGUUUCUCGCAAUGGCAGGCACACGGAACUACGACUUCCUCAUAAAACUUCUCCUCAUUGGUGACUCGGGUGUUGGCAAGUCAUGCUGUUUACUACGCUUUUCCGAAGACAGCUUUACCCCAAGUUUCAUCACGACGAUCGGCAUCGAUUUCAAGAUACGAACCAUCGACCUGGAUGGUAAACGAGUGAAGCUGCAGAUAUGGGAUACUGCUGGACAAGAACGUUUCCGGACAAUCACCACGGCCUACUACCGGGGCGCGAUGGGUAUUCUUCUGGUGUACGAUGUGACGGAUGAAAAGAGCUUCAACAAUAUUCGGACAUGGUUCUCCAAUGUCGAACAACACGCAAGCGAAGGCGUCAACAAGAUUCUGAUUGGCAACAAAUGCGACUGGGCAGAAAAGCGAGCGGUAUCAACAGAACAAGGACAAGCGCUGGCGGACGAAUUGGGCAUUCCCUUCCUCGAGGUUUCGGCCAAGUCCAACAUCAACAUUGAAAAGGCUUUUUACUCAUUAGCCAGCGACAUCAAGAAGCGUCUAAUUGACAGUUCGAAAGAGGCUGGUGCCAGCACUGGCGGCGGUGCAGGGGCCGGCGGCGUUAACGUCGCCCAGGGUUCGGGAGCCGGCACUGGUGGAAAGUGCUGUUAAAGUCGAAGACGUUGAAUUGGUUCCUUUUUUGCGAUCAAGUCAAGGGAAGGCAGGAGCACAAAUCUUUUUUAAACCUCGACGACGAGGCUUCGAUGUUUUCUUCUCGUCGUGGCAUAUACUAAUGAACGUUUUGCGCGGAACCAAAGCAUGUCGCAUGUCGUUCAAUCAGUCAGACGUCAUGCAAUCCAUAAAGAGAGGAUUUUCAAGACACUGCAUGGGAUUACGGCUUUCAUGGGGGCGGUUCUUGAUCCAGGAGAUAGCUCGGCGCGUUCGAGAAAGGACGGGAGAAUUGGCGGUGACACAUACACACAGGCUAGACCGAGCAGAUGCAGACUAGGGCACGGGGCAAUGGUCUGUGUGACUCGAUUCCAACACCAUCUUCUUGAGGCCACUUUUAUCUUUCCCCUUGUCUACCUGGCCUGCCUCCCCUGCCUGAUAGUUGACGUGAGGUGACUCUAUGUUGAGUGAUCAGAUUGGAUCGACUCUAGGCAAACAGCAAUACUACUCUAUGAAAGGAGGAAACAAUCGCCAUCACAAAGACAUUCGGCUCGAUGGGAUGGACUAGGAAACUUCAAUCAAACAUUUCCAUCCCCUCCUCUGGGCCUGAUAACGAUGAUGGUGAUGAUAAUGAUGGGGACUGUGGGCUUGACGAGGUGAUAGCUGGUGUUAGUGGUGGUGGCCGUGGUCAUCGCAAAAACAGGUUUCGGAGUUCAGACAGAUUUCAAAGAGCAAUGUCAAUGUCAAAUUUCAGCAUGUGACGUCGAUUCCAGUUAUGUCGUCAGUCGUAGAAUUU